AUGCUGGCGACCUGGCAGAGCCAUUUCCAGCGUGGAGCGCAGCGCGUGGCAGCGGGCGCUCACGAGGAGGCGCUGGAAGCCUUUCUGGCGGCGCAGGAGAGCCUGGAGGGGAAGGGCAGCUUUGAGCACGCCAAGAUCCUCAUGAGAACAUCGGGCUGGUGA